AAUGGCCCCUUUUUUCCCUUCUCCUCCUUCCUCCUUUUCAGCCUUCUUUCCCUUUUGUGCUGUUCUUGUUGUUCUGCCUGUCUACUUCACGACGUGCGACCUCUUGAUACCACCUAGCUUGAUCAAGAUCUGUAGUUAUGGCAUCUGGUUUAUUGGGGCCCGAGAGAUGCGGGUUGCGAUGGUUGAUGGAAAAGAGGAAUGUUUGCAUUGAGCUCAGUCCGCCUUCAGCAGAGUUGCCCGGUUAGGAAUUUGGUGGCUUGGGGUGCGAAACGGAGGGCAGUUAAGCCCGUGUGGUCAACUUCCAGA